CUGAACACAGCAUCCCUUUCGACGAAGCCCGCGAAUCCCUAGAGGAUGACCUCCCCUUUGGCGGGCGAUUGUGUAAAAAAUUCGAGUGUGUUAAUUUUUUUCUAUUUGCCAAAUUCUUCGAGAAUAAACGCCGGUAUACUGCGUAAACCCCGUUCGAUGAUGGAGAAUUUUUAAUUUUUUUUUUUUUCGCCUUCGAGAGCAACCGCAGUGGUUUUUUUUGCACACUGUUUCGAUGUUAACGUACUCUUGUAAAUCGGUAUCAACGUGUUUACUAUGUUGGCAACACUGUAGGAAAAAAUUCCAAUAACCAGUUCGUCGGAUAUUGCGAUACAAUUGAAAACAACCCGAAAAAAUUAAAGAGUACGAUAUGUUGAAAGAGCACCGAGACCGAGCCGAGAGUCCGGCCACUGGUGAUGUUUCAAUGGUCGGCGGUAAAACGUCGACGGCCGUUUGUGCGGCGUGUUUCCAAUGCAUCGAAGAUAGAUUUUACUUGUUAGCGGUGGACAGACAAUGGCAUUUGGCCUGUUUGCAAUGUCAUCAUUGUAAACUACCGUUGCAUACCCAAUUGACGUGUUAUUCCAGACAUGGAAAUAUAUACUGUAAAGAGGAUUAUUUCAGAUUAUUCGGUAUCAAGAGAUGCGCUCGAUGCCAGAACGGUAUCUCUUCGAGGGAGCUGGUAAUGCGAGCUCGAGAUGACGUCUACCACGUGCACUGCUUCACCUGCGCAUCCUGCGGAGUACGUCUGGCCAAAGGUGACCACUUCGGUGUACGCGACGGUCUCAUAUACUGCAGACCGCAUUACGAAACAUUACGCCAUAGAGAUUACUUCGGGCCCGUUGAACUGGAGCCUUUAAGCCCCGGAGCAUUCUGGAAUAAUGGAUAUGGCAACGAGAGCAUCAAAGGUAGACCAAGAAAACGUAAAAUCGAGUAUAUGCCCGAAGACGUGGCAACAGAUUUGACCAUGAUGAAGAUACCCAAUGUUGUUACAGGUUCACCCUCCGACCACACUCUCGGCGUAAUCAGCAACUCAUCGCUAUGCGUCGAAAUGUUACAUUCCAGAGACCUUUCCUCCUCAAUGGAAUCCCUAGCUUACGACUCGAGCAGCACAACAUCCCCAAACAGUAUCCAUCCCAGUGCCCAAGUCGGUGGUCCACCUCAACGCACCAAACGAAUGCGCACCUCGUUCAAACACCAUCAACUGCGGACCAUGAAAUCGUACUUCAACGUUAAUCAAAAUCCAGACGCCAAAGAUCUGAAACAACUCGCUCAAAAGACUGGACUCUCCAAAAGAGUGCUUCAGGUUUGGUUUCAGAACGCUAGAGCUAAAUGGAGACGGAACAUGAUGCGUCAAGAGUCAUCCCAAGCUGCAAAUGGUAUCAGUUUAUUACCUCCCAGUGGAUCAGUCAAUGGUAUAAGGAACGAGGACGCAGGCAAUGGCCUCAUGUCCAGAGAACCUAGUGGUAUCGAUGUUGAAGAGUAUAAUCGACAAAGACAGCAGCCAACUAAUUCUAGUCAAUCUUUACAUUUCGAAGAAUUAUAUUGAGCAGAGUUACCCCAUCUCCAUUUUUAACGCAUGUGCGCAUUUUAAACAUAUUUUGUGUACUGUGUGAAAUGGCGACAUUAUGCAUUUAUAUUGUACAGUAGCGCAUCGAGGGUUUACCUGUGUUGGGAAAAGCAUUGGUUAUUGAAUAGAUUUGAAGGAAAUUCGACUCAGACUCGAGAUUUUGUCGAAAUUUUAGAGGACAGAUUGAAAAUAGAAUUCAUUUUGAGUCAGCAUGUUCUAUGAAAAUUGUAGAAAUUUUCUACAAUGUGUCUCAAUAGUGUCUAUCUGGAGUACAAAUGCUCUGAUCGCGAAACGGACCUCAUUUUCGAGUUCAGCGACCUCGAAAACCUUGAAAUCGAUAUGCAUGAAAGAUUUUUAUCAUUUUUUAAGGUGCUUCACCCCCUCCCCACCCAAUUUUCACCCCCGACAUAUUCUACUAUUGAAUUUAAACCAAGAAGAACAAAAUUUUUCAAUGUUCAAUUCGCACCUCGGGAGUAAUAAGGUGACAUCUCAAAAAAGUGAAAUUUUACAGGAGAGUGAUUUUCUUAUUUUUUUAAACUUGAUUCAUUAUUUUUAUCAACUUAUAAUUAAUUGUGAGGAAUGAAUAGCACCUCAUUUUAAAGAUCUGGUAUCCUACCUUCAUUUAGCAUAAGAACACUUUGAAAAAUAAAAUCGUAAAGAGGAAACAUUUCAAUGUUUGGAAAACAUUUUGAGUUAGCACCUUUCAUUAAAGUUGAUGUGGAGGCGAAAGGAAGCGUCCAAAAAAAAAUUCAUGACUUCAAAGUUGUAGAGAAUUAAAUUUCCAAUCGACAUAAUGUUGUUAGUUUUUUUCUAGAGUGCUUAGUUUUUGAGUUUUUCUCAAAAAACUAAAAUUUCAUGAUAUGUGCAAAUUCAUUUUUCUGAAAAGUGAUCAAUUUAAAAAAUUUUUUCCAUUUGGUACAAACCAAUAAAAAAUGCACUCCUUGUGACUAUUUCUAACUGACAAACAUUCAAAACAAUCAAAACUGUUUAUUAACACUUUGUAUGUACGAAAUUUGCUCAAAAAAGGUGAAGUUUUUUGAGAUGUCACCUUAUAACUAAGAACAACUUGCAAUGUUGUUGAGAUUUUGAGUUAGGCCAUUUGGGUUUUUUACAUGAUCCAGAUACUGUACCCAACUCAAAGUGUUAUUUUUGGUUGAGGGGGGUCAUACAAGCCCCAAAAAUGCAAAAACAUCAAAAUCAAUUUUUUUUGAGAUGUCACCUUAUUACUCCCGAGGUGCGAAUUGUUCAUGAUACGUAAGUAUCAAAAACUUUUAUUCCUUUAUUUGAAAUAGAUGGAGAUUUUUUAAAACUGGGGUGGGGCAGAGGGGUACUGUAGAGGGGGUUAAAUUCAAAAAAAUGAUAAUAUAUCGUCAUGUAUAUCGAUUUCAUGGGUUUUGGACUCACUGAUUCCGAAUCCGGGGUUGGUUUUCACUUUGGAGCAGAUUUUCAAACAAUAUGUGCAACAAAUCAAUGAAAUUCGACUCAGCUUUCUAAUCCUCAUCUCUUACUUGAGAUCUUGGUCAAAAUUUUAAUGGGCAGAUUCAAAAUAGAAUUCAUCUUGAGUCAACAUGUUCUAUGAAAUUGCAGAAAUUCACUAAAAAGCGCCCCAACUUGUGUCUAUCUCAACUAAGAGUGCUCUGAUCGUGAAACUAAUGUCAUUUUCGAGCUCAGCGACUUCAAAAACCUUGAAAUCGAUAUGCAUGAAAGAUUUUUAUCAUGUUUUGAGGGUGCUUCAUCCCCUCCCCCCACUCUCCCACCCCAUUACAUUCCGCUGUUAAAUUGAAACCAAUAAGAAUAUAUUUUAAAUGUUUAUGGCACAUAUUAAAAACUCUGGUUCUUUUAUUUGAAGCAAGUCGAGAUUUUAAAAAUGAAGGGGGCUGAGGGGUUGCAUUGGAGGGGGUUAAUUCUGAAAAAUGAUAAUAUAUCGUCAUGUAUAUCGAUUUCAUGGGUUUCGAUGCCGCUGAUUUCGAAUCCGGGGUUACUUUUCACUUUUGAGCAAAUUUUGAAACGAUUCGAGCAAAAAAAUCAAUUUCCGGACUUCGAAUCGAUUAAAAAUAGGAAUUUUUGAAAGCUACAGUCUCUGUAUACUCUCUACCUUGCAUGCGCCACUGAUAUUUUAGCUAUAGAGAUGUAUUAUAUUAUAAGAAUGAAAAAAAAAGGUGGAAGUACCAAUGUGGAAAUCUCGCCUUGUUUACUUUUUUUCUGUACAUACGCGCAAGUGCAUCGUAACCGGAUCCUCCCGAGAUGAUCGGUGCUUCUACCUCGUUUUUAAUUGGUGCUUCCUUUGAUAUGAGAAAAAAAAUUUUGAAUAAACGUAAUAUUCCGUGAAA